GGCAAAUAAAUAUCCGGUGUGCUUUCGCGCUCUUUUACUUGUCAUUGUACCUGUCGACUUCAAAACCCAUGCCCAUGCUCUAGUCUCUAUCACCUACCACAGGUCUUCGGCUGAUUGCCACAACGCUGCAGCAAUGCAUGCCCUACUCUACCACCCUCUACUCAUCUUCAGCGCCUCUCUUCUUGCUUUUACCUUGACUACUCAAUACACGCUACGUGGCUCGCCCUGGCGGUACAUUCUGCUCGUCUUCAUGUCCCUGUGCGCUUACAUCUUUCCACAUUCGAUACAGUCCUGGUCCCAUACAACCGGCUGGCUGGGCCGCAUAGCCGCCGGCGCCGUCUUCUGGAACAUCUUCACUGCCUUCGACAAACUCAUCCUCAGAGGAUGGGACUACUACAACUACCCUCCCGUCGCAGGAGACGGUGCAAGCACAGCCACCAAGGUGGACCUCGACCCCGGUACCAAAGAUAAGGAUGGAAAACUCCCCUCGCACUACCCCGGGACUCGAAGUGAAUUUACAAACGAAGUGACUGGCAACGCGCGCGGCAUCGGGCUCUUCUGGCAGGUCAAGAACGUUCCGGCAUUCUCCAAAACACAGCCGGCCUAUGUGCCCUCGAAAUCCGCAUUUCUGCUCCUCAACGGCACAGCCCUGAUAGCUUGCUACUUCCUCCAAAAUCUAAUGGUACACGUAACACUCGCUUCGGACCGCUCGUUGCGGACCAGUGCGCAUGCGCCGCUGUUCGCUAGGCUCGACGAGGUAUCUUGGGCAGAACUCCAGACCAGAGUUGUGGUCUCGCUGGCCUUCUGGAUCCAACAGUACUGUUUAUUGCAGUUCCUGUAUGCCCUCUUCGCUAUCCAGGGCGUUGUCGCGAGUGGACAAGAUAUCAAGCUAUGGCCGCCGCAAUUCGGGCCAUUCGAGGACGCUUGUACCAUUCGAGGCUUUUGGGGAAAGUUCUGGCACCAGAAUUUGCGUUGCUCGAUGGAAGGAGUGACUGGUUGGCUCGCUCAUGACAUCUUGCGCCUACCCGCCCGAGGCCUCCUGCAGCGUUACACCAAGCUCUUCGUCUCGUUCAUCAUGUCCGGCAUGAUGCACGUUAUGUCGGACAUGGGCGGCGGAACGCCGGCACGCGAAUCUGGCGGCCUCGUCUUCUUCCCCAUGCAGGCUGUCGGUAUCAUACUGGAAGACUUGGUGCAAGCCGCGUAUCUCCGAUUGGCCUCGCCUGGCCGUGGACGCACGCUCCGCGCCGUCGAGAUGGCUGUAGGGUACGCUUGGGUGCUGGCGUUUCUGGUGUGGACUUCGCCGGUCUGGGUCUUCCCGAUACGGACCAAUGUGCGUUUGGAAGACGACCUGCUGAGUCUCGAUCUCUAUGCACUCAAUCACGUCACCGCCGGGAGGUAGUUCAGAU